AUGGCAGCCACUGAUAAGCCCGUGGAGAAGUUCCGCAAGGACUACAAGCCGAGCCCCUACCUCAUCUCCACUGUCCAUCUUGACUUUCAACUGAACGAGGAAAGCACCCUCGUCCAGUCCAAGCUGCGAAUUGUGCCAAACCAUGCUGAGUCCAGUCCGGUCUCCCUAUUCCUGAAUGGCCAUGCUGAUGUUGUGCUCGAGAGCAUCAGGGUCAAUGGGGCUGAUCUGGAGGCUUCGCACUAUGCUGCUGAUGCACAGGGCCUGACCAUCAAGUCCGGACUUCCUUCGGGCGAGUGGGACCUGGAGAUUGCCACUCGCAUCAAGCCUCAGGAGAACACCUCCUUGGAGGGAUUGUAUCGCAGUGGAGGAAUGUUCUGCUCACAGUGUGAGGCGGAGGGUUUCCGGCACAUCACCUACUUUCUGGAUCGCCCGGACGUCAUGGCCAAGUACACGAGCCGCAUCGAGGCCGACAAGGCCAAGUAUCCCGUUCUGCUGUCAAAUGGGAACCUGGUGGACCAGGGGGAUCUGGAGGGCGGCAGGCACUUCACUGUGUGGGAGGAUCCGUUUGUGAAGCCCUGCUACCUCUUCGCCCUGGUGGCCGGAGACCUGGCAGUGCAGGAGGACACCUUCCGCACCAUGAGUGGGAAGGACGUCGCACUCCGCAUCUACACAGACGCACACAACACCAGCAAGGUGGCCUUUGCCAUGCAGUCCCUUAAGCGCGCCAUGAAGUGGGACGAGGAGACUUUUGGGCUGGAGUACGACCUGGACCUGUUCAACAUCGUGGCGGUGGACGACUUCAACAUGGGCGCCAUGGAGAACAAGAGCCUGAACCUGUUCAACUCGCGCCUGGUGCUGGCCACGCCCGACACCGCCACCGACGCGGACUUUGGGCGCAUCGAGGGCGUCGUCGGGCACGAGUACUUCCACAACUGGACGGGGAACCGCGUGACCUGCCGCGACUGGUUCCAGCUGACGCUGAAGGAGGGGCUCACCGUGUACCGCGACCAGGAGUUCUCCGCCGACCUGAACUCGCGCGGCGUCAAGCGCGUGGAGGACGUGGCCCGCCUGCGCGCGGCGCAGUUCCCCGAGGACGCGGGCCCGCUGGCGCACGCCAUCCGCCCCGACUCGGUGAUCAAGAUGGACAACUUCUACACCGCCACCGUGUACGAGAAGGGCGCGGAGGUGGUGCGCCUGUACGAGGCGCUGCUGGGCCGCGCCGGCUUCCGCGCGGGGCUGGACCUCUACUUUGCGCGCCACGACGGCGGCGCGGUGACCUGCGACGACUUCCGCGCCGCCAUGGCCGACGCCAGCGGCGCCGACCUGGGGGGGCUGGAGGGCUGGUACGCGCGCGCCGGCACGCCGCGCGUGGAGGUCGGGGUCGAGCACGACGCGGGGGCCGGGACGCUGACGGUGACCGCGACGCAGGCGCCGCCCGUGCUGACGGCCAGGGAGGGGGGGGUGACGACGGCAGGGCAGGCGAUGCUCAGGCAGGCGGUGCUGCGCCUGGAGCACCAGCGUCAGACCUGGGUGUUUGAGCGCGUCCCGGCGCGCCCCGUGCCCAGCGUCCUGCGCGGCUUCUCCGCGCCGGUGCGCCUGACGUUCAAGGCGCACGCGCUGGCGCUGCCGGACCUGGCGGAGCUGGUGCCGGAGGUGCCGGGCGCCGACCCCCUGCUCCUGCACCACGUCCGCGAGGCGGCUGCGCGGGCGCUGGCGGCGGCGCUGCGGCCCGAGCUGGAGCGCGCGGCGCGCGACAACUCCGACCCGCCCGGCGCGCCGUACGAGUUUGAGGCGGGGGCCUGCGCGCGGCGCGCGCUGAAGAACGCCGCGCUGGGCGCCCUGGCGCGGCUGGGGGGCGAGGGCGUGACGCAGGACCUGCUGGCGCGCUUCCGGGCGGCCACCAACAUGACCGACGAGGCCGCCGCCCUGGCCGCCCUCGACCGCAUCGGGGGCAAGGUGCGGCAGGAGGCGCUGGACGCCUUUUACGCCAAGUGGAAGCACGAGCCGCUGGUCCUGCUCAAGUGGAUCGCCAUGCAGGCGGCCAGCAACCUGCCGGGCAACACGGCGGCGGUGCGGACCCUGAUGCAGCACGAGGCGGUCAAGCUGUCCAACCCCAACACCUGCUACUCCCUCUUCCUGGCCUUUGCGCGCUCCCCCGUCAAUUUCCACGCAGCCGACGGCUCGGGGUACGAGUUCAUGGCUGACUCGGUGCUGCAGAUCGACCAGAUCAACCACCAGGUGGCCGCACGGAUGGUGGGUGUCUUCAACAGCUGGCGUAACUACGAUGCCGAGCGUGGCGCUCUGAUGACCGCCGCCCUGCGCCGCAUGGCCUCUGCCAACGGCAUCUCUGCCAAUGUGUACGAGAUCGUGACCAAGGCCCUGCCCUGA